AUGGAGGCUUGUCUACCCGCCGUCCCUGAGAAGCUCUACGCGGUGAAGAUCAUCAGCAAGGUUAAGCUCAUACGGGAGGGCAAGGCAAAGACUGCCAUCGCGGAGAAGAACGCUCUGGCGAAGUUGGGCUCAGGGAAGCACCCUGGAUUUUUGAAGCUGUAUAAUGCCUUCCAAGACCCAACGCAUCUUUACCUUGUCAUGGACGUCGCUCCCGGCGGAGACCUCCAACUACUCGUCAAAGAGUACGGAUCCUUCUCACCCCGCGUCGCACGAUACUACGCCGCCCAAAUCGUGGACGCGGUGUUAUGGAUGCAUUCCCAAGGCAUCCUUCACCGGGACCUAAAACCGGAAAAUGCGCUUCUGGAUAGCGACUUGCGCAUCAAGCUCGCUGACUUCGGCUGUGCGUAUAUCGCACAAAAUGCUGAUGAUCUUGCACCUCGCAAAAGUACCUUCGUCGGCUCAGCAGCCUACGUCAGCCCCGAGCUGCUCGAUAAGACGCUUAAGACGACCAGCGCUGCCUCCGACCUCUGGGCCAUCGGCUGCAUUGUCUUCUACCUCGUCGCCGGCACCCUCGCCUUCCUCGCACCCACGGACUACCUCACGUUCAAGAAGAUCGAGGUUCUGGACUAUAGCUUUCCGGAUGGCUUUGAUGAGGAUGCGAGGAAUCUGGUUGAGCGUCUGUUGGUGAGUUGA